CAAUUCAUAUUUGAAGUUGUUUGUUUCUUUGUACUGCGGCCAAGCUAUUGUUGACCCUCUAUUUUUAGUAUUUCAGCAUUCAUUAUAAAAUUUUUAGCAAGUUUGUUGUGCCAUCGUAGUGUGAAAAUGAUUAGGGACUGCGAUUAUUCUGAACACUAGCUAAAAGUGAUAUAAUUUGUGUGUGUUCUCGAAGGAAGGUGAAAAUAGUGGACUCGUCCUAUAUCUGUUUUGUGUGUGAAAUUAUUUGUUUGUAUCCCAAAAAUCUGAACUAAAACUCUCCAACUACUUGCAAAGUGGUUAUCAUUUGGUUUAAACUGUUUGUAAUGUGCCCAAAUUACCUAUUGAGCAAGAUAUCUGUAAGGCGUACCUUUGUGCCGACGGUUAAUCUCCUUCAUUCCAAAAGAAAAGGAAUAUUCAUACAUCCCACAGCAAUGUUUAAAAACUGUUUAUUUAAUAGUAGUGCUUGCAUACCGUUUAGACAAUAAAUCCAUAUAAAGGUCACAAGUGUUUUAUAAUCGUUUUGAGUUCGUUACUACUUAUACUACACCAGCCAAGAUGAAGCUGCUAGAGAGUACAAGAUUUGAAGCCAUCAACAAUGCCCUAUGUAUCCAAACAGGCGACAGCAAAAUCAUUGGUCGUAUCGAAAGUUAUUCAUGCAAAAUGGCAGGCACUGACAAAGCCCUCUAUAAGAGAUUCAACGCUGAAGGUGUCAAUCCCAGUGAUCUACAAGCACUUUCACCACCUCAAGGAGUCUCCCCAGGCCAUUCCCAAUACAGCAGAAGUAUUUCUGGGGAUGAAGAAGGCCCUUUAUGUGAUACUAUUAGCCGUAAAACUCUGUUUUACUUAAUAGCAACACUAAACUCGGCUUUUCCAGACUAUGACUUCAUGAACGUUAAGAGUCACGAAUUCAGCAAAGAACCUUCAAGACAAUGGGUGACCAACGCCAUCGAUACUAACCUAGCCGCGACAGUGGGAGAGCACUACCGUCUGCUAGGACCAUCCAUGUGGACAGCGAUUGAUGACGAGAUCUCUUUGGAGAAUUGUGAUAUUUAUUCUUACGAGCCCGACCUCGUAUGUGACCCUUUCGGCGAAGAUGGUUGUUUAUGGAGCUUUAAUUACUUCUUCUACAAUAAGAAACUGAAGAGAAUUGUGUUUUUCACCUGCAGAGCCAUCAACCCAAGAUAUACUGUUGAUUCUGGUUUUGGAAGCGAUUUCAUCAUGGACGAGGAUGAAUCCUACUAAAAAUCAACCACUUACAACAGAUGGAGCGGGCCUUCAAUUUUUGGCAGGCUCCAAAAUAAUGGCACCCUCAGCUCGGUGUAUCAGCACAAUUUCUUUAAAAAAAUUGUGAGCAUAAAAAUCUUUUGGUGAGAGCAAAAGUACAAAUUACAUUAACAAGUUAGCUUGUAAGUUUUUAGUUUUAAGGUAUUAUCAAAGAUUAGAUACGAUAGUGUCCACAGUUUUUUUAUUGAUUGUACACUUUUCACGGAUUGUUGUACGACUCUUUUUCUUUUCUUAGUAUAGGAUAAGUAUAGGCCAGUGAUGACGUACUAAUAAAUGUAGAGUUUUGGUUUCUGUGUAGUUUUUUGUAUCAUCCAAAGAAAUACAAAAGGAUUAUGAUAUAUAGCCCAUUAAGAUAGUGUUUUUAACAAUAUGUCACUUACAUUUUGACGUCAUGCACAAAUGUUUGAGGUUAGGUCUAAAUUUUGAUGCCAUAAGACCAACUUUGUCUUCUGGCAACAAAAUAUAUAACUUGACUUGAAUGUAAAAUAAUUUCUGAUAAAUAAUAAAGGUUCAAACAGUUGAAAAAUGCUAUAUUUGAACCAAUCAACAUUUUUUCGUCAAUUCCUUGACCUAACCUUAAAAAAAUUGACAGCAUUACGUCUUAGUCAAGUUGCUUAUUGACGUACAUAACCUUAAUCUCACUUUUUUGCUAACACGUUAGACGAGAGGUUUAUUCUCUGCAAAUAAUUACACAGAUAACUAUAUAGAAAUCUCAAUAUUUCUUCUCUGUGUAUUAAAUUUAUUUUAUUGUAUUGUACUUAUUGUACUAAUUGUUUCUAGUUAAAAAAUUUUACAGUUUUCUUUUUUCUGUGUAUUUAAAAAUUGAUUUUGGUUAUUCAGUGUAGUCCUUGUAUAUAUGAAUGGUUUCUAAAUUCUAAUUGGCAAAAAAAUUAAGUUUUUUGUACCUGUACCUCAAAGUACAAUUUAUUAAAAUAUAUUGUUGUAUUUAAAUUAAUAAGUAGCUGUGUUUAUAUUCGAUUCUUGUCUUUCUUACUUUUACUCCCAAAAGACUACAAAUUUUUUCCCUUUAAGUAUUCUUUUGGGUACGAAAAAAGCAGAAUUCACUUGAAGCUAGAUCUGGAGAAUACGAUGGAUGCUAAAACAGUUCUAAGUGAAAUUCGUGUAUUUUCACCGUAGUUACGAUCUGGUACAAUCUGUCAAGGUAAUAGAUGAGCAAAAUACAUUGUGGUUGUCAAAAAAAUGGCGACCACAACUGUGCCAGCUGAUAUUUGCAUCAUUGAGUGGUUUUUAAUUUGCUGCUGUAACUCAGCUGACUGUGUGUCAUUUAUUUCACAUGUCUACGCAAAAACCCCCGUUUAUUGGUCGGAAACAGUUGCAAACAAAUGCCGGAAUGGUCUGAGCGUUAUUUUUGGUCGACUGCGCAAACGCGGUAAAUUGUGACAGAUGACAUAUGAAGUAGAUUUGUUAGUAGAUCCGCCGGCGCCGAUUGCCUGUCAAGCUUAAGUUAUAUUGAUUUGUCUGCAUAUAAACAGAAUGAUAAGUUUAGCCUGUCUUGUUUCGCAUGUCACUGUUCAAAUUGCAGGCAAUAAAUUUCAUUCAUUACUUUGUUUUUUUAUGGUAUAUUUUGCAUAUAAACACAGCUAUACUUAUAUACAAUAAUUAAAAUGAUUAUGUCGUAAAUGAUUUUCGAUAAACCCAGUUGUUAUUCUAAAAUGAAGUUGUUUUCGUCAUGUUUUUAUGAUAAAGAUAAAAAUUAAUUAUAUUUUAAGUAGAAAAUAACGAAUUUUUAAUGUAUAGUUGGUCUAAAUGUUAACCUUUCCCUAACUCGUUCAUAAUUUCUUGUCGUUUGUCGUUGAAGAUAACACAAAAAGUUUUAUAAACACAGAAAAUCCGUCAAAAUAUUAUUUUAUUCAUCUGUUUGGACACAAAUAAAUUGCCGUCAAUAAAUAUAUCACUUCCUUUACUGUACAUACAGGACAAUAACAUCCUUAUCGGUAAAUUAGGCCUGGAUCCCGCGUACCAAAAAAAAGUUGAUUAAUAGCAAGCUAUAAAUUUGUUAAUACCUUAACGGUGUCUAGUCGGACAAACUUUGAUGUACGGGAAUAAUGGAACAGGGGAAGUUUUAAUUGUGGAACAGGUUAAAAAUUUGGAACGUCAGACUACGAAAACGUCCCAUGUAUUUUGUCAGACAUAACUUCCAAUUGAUUUGUUACCCUUUCAUUAUAUUCUCAUCCAAAAAUCAGAGUGGUAUUUAUCACCAACUGGGCAUUUUAAAGUCCAACUCGUAGAACAUGUCAAAUGACAGGAAUUAUGACAGGUGAUAAAUAGAAGUCUUAUUUUUGCAUGAGAGUUUAAUGGAAGGGUAACAAAUCAAUUGGAAGUUCUGUCUGACAAAAUACAUGGGACGUUUUCGUAGUUUGACGUUCGAAAUCUGUAACCUGUUCCACAAUUAAAACUUCCCCUGUUCCAGUAUUCCCGUACAUCAAACUUUGUCCGACUAGACACCGUUAAGCUAUUAACAAAUUUAUAGCUUGCUAUUAAUCAAUUUUUUUGGUACGCGGGAUCCAGGCCUAAAUGGUUUUAUUUAUUGAAGAUACAUUUACACAAGACUGCCUUGAGACGCAAAUCUGGCGUCCAAGGUGAUAAUUUUGUACUACUUACCUUUCUUAACCUUAAUCACCAUUUGGGAAAAUGAUUUAAGUCGAUAUACAGGAUGAUUCGACAGCAAAAUUUGUAGUUUUACAUUAUAUGUAUAUUAGGAAACAGCCAAAUAAGAAGCAAUAUAUUAUUGUUUUGCCAUAAAAUCCAUAAAAAUCAGGUCAUCAUCAUCUUGUUAAUAACGACUAAAAAGUAUGUUAAUGUACAGUUACGCCUUUAAGUGAUUUCAAUUUCAGUUAUUGAACAAAUCGAUGAGAAACAUUUUUUGUUUGUGAGAUAAAAACAACAAUAUCCUUAAAGCGAAUAUGCUAUAAGGUUACAAAGUGGUUGAAAAUUGGUUAGAAUUGAUUUUCCAACUACUACCUUCUUCGAUGUCGUUUCUGGAAUCCGUUUCGAAGGACCAAAGUAAAUGCUUGAAUUGUGGCUUUUCAUUAUUUUCUUCUUUUAACUUAAUGUUUUAAUACAUUAACUUUUAAUGUAUAACUGUCCAUCUCCUUUUAGUUUUAUGUAAUGGUUCCUUCUAAGUACUAAGAUCGAGCUGUACAUUGCCGACAUUAGUUAGGGCGUAACUAGACCGAACCUGGGGGAAAAUACCGGGUGAAGUCUCAACUAAAAUGGACUGGUGGACUGAAAUGCGUGUACUUAAGUGAAAACUACAAGUUUCUCGACAGAUUUCAAUCGAAUCAUCCUACAUAUAGAUGUUUAGAUAAGAUUAAAUUUGUGAGAAGAAUAUUUUAAAUAUGUAUUUAUAUAAGUACUAAUGGUCUGGAAAUUGCUUUAAGUGUAGAUUAUGAUAAGAAAGUCUUUCACAGUUUUGUGACAGAGUCAAAUAGAUGCAAAACUAAAUUUUUAUACUUACUAAGGAUUUGCUGGCCUUUCAAAAGUAUUAGACAUAGUAGAAGGUACUUUUCAUAGAACUGCGGAUGAUUUUUUCAAUGUAUGAGCGUGACCGAUGUAAAAUCUUUAUUGAAAAAUUAAUUUUUUGUUUUGAGUUGGUUUUCGUACUAAGAAUUAGAAUAGUUUGCUUUUUUCGUAAAAUGUGAGUCUACAUUUCUUUCUUAGUUACUCUUGGAGCAUCCAAGCCCCUGUCACCACCUUAACACUACUUUCUGAUCUUCCAGAAAUCUGUAGUCCUUGAAAAUUUAGUGCUUUGAGCACCAACAUUGAUGUGUACUAAUUUUAGUUACUCUCUGAGCAUCCAAGCCUUUUUGUACCUCGUCAACACGCGCUAGAAGCGUUAGUCAUUUAUCAUUUGUUCGUAUUGUACACUGCUAGACAAAAAUACACCAACGUUGGAAUGCAACAAUACAAAAAUUGAAGAAAAAAAUCUUCUGUGCAAAAGGUAUAUUUAUUUGAAAACCCUAAUACAGGGCUACAUUAAAAAACAGAACGUUUCCGCUCUAAAGGGAGCAUCAUCAGUGUUCUAAGCCUAAAAUAAGUAUAACCAUAAUUAGUGAAGACAAAGUAAAAAAUUUUAAAGGUUGACCAAGAUAAAAAAUUAGGUUAUACUCACAAGCUGUACCUAAUAUACAAGUAGGUAUAACGUAAUUUUUUAUCUUGGUCAACCUUUAAAAUUUUUUACUUUGUCUUCACUAAUUAUGGUUAUACUUAUUUUAGGCGUAGAACACCGAUGAUGCUCUCUUUAGAGCGAAAACGUUCUGUUUUUUAAUGUAGCCCUUUAUUGGGGUUUUCAAAUAAAUGUACCUUUUACACAGAAGAUUUUUUUCUUCAAUUUUUGUAAUUAAUGGUAUACAGCCAGCUACAGGAAAAUUUUUCCUUAUGGAUUUCAACAAUACAACAUUAGAGUAACCGACCAAGAGUAAGACAACACAUGAGAUGGUUUGAUGAUAUUAAAAGAGUAGCCGGAACAAAUUAGAAAUAUGUUGCUCAGAAUAGAGACCGAUGAAAGGAGUUGGGAGGGGCCUAUGUCCAAACGUGGACGAUAAAAGGCUAAGAAGAAGAAGUUCGUAUUGUAACAUAAUUUCUGGCCCAGUAGUCACUACCGAUAAAUAUAUUAACCAUAUCUUAACAAAAAUCUAAUUUUUUAUCAUUACUUCGCAAUUUGUAAAUGCAGCUGUGAUAAAAUUUGUACGAAAAGUGAAGAUAUUAUACCAUCUGCAUUUCCAUUUUAAGACAAGAACUGUACUGAUAAGACAACAUAAAUUUUAUGUAACUGAUUGGUUUGCUUUUAGAAUAUCGUUUGUUUUAUUAGAUUCAGUAUGUAUUGAAUGAGUAUUAUUUCAUAUUUUUAUUAGGUUUUUAAAUAAUCAAGACUUAUUAACAGGUAUGGUGUAGCUGAUCUCAUUGAGUCUAUAAUAUUUCGAAUAUAGUUUCACAUUCAAUUUUACAAUACCACUUAGAUGUAUAGUUGGUACUACGGUUGCAAUAUGUAGUUAAUAGCUGUAUGAUCUGAAAAUAAAAAAAUUCUUGUUU